AUUUUUUGGCGCAAUAAUUGGUACCGAAGCAGUAGUCCAAACCAUUAAACAGCGAAAUAAAUAAAAUAACUGGAUUUAUCGAUACUUAAUGAAGCGUAAAAGCAACGAAAACGUCGCAUGCGAUCGAGAAAUUAUAAAUAUGAACAAGUACACAGUUGUCAGGCAAUCACAUGAGAGUCAUGAACGAUAAUUUAGCGGUUCUCACCCCCCUAAAAAGCGACAUUUACAGGCUUUGGCCGCAGUUUCUGUAGGAGUAACGAAAUAAAAAAAAAACAAAAUGGUCAAAUAAAAAGAAUGGUUUCGUCCCAUGUACAGUAAAAAUGAAAUAUAAAACAUAUCCGCCAAUUGCGGAGGGAUUUUCAAAUAACAAUACUGUAUUCGUCUUUGACAACUCUCGUGGAAAUGGACAAACUUGUCAGCAAGUAGGCCUCUAUGGUUACAAUGCAUCCAUUACAUUCACAGCCAAAUGCACAAACGAUGGGGCUUUUUCAUACCUUAUUUACGACAUGUUUGGUGUGGAUUACACAAGCAAUAUUACCUCAGAUACAGGUAUAUCGUCCGGCUUCGGCGAAUAUGUGGUUCUCAACAGCAGCUACGGGCGCAUUUACUCCAAAGGCAUUUACAGUACAACAUUGAAUAAUUCGCUUACAGAAUGGACUGUUAACUUACCCGGUGCGGGAAAUUAUUGCACAAAUCUAAUGCCGUUGAGAUACGAGGAAUCAUUUAAGGACUGUGCAGUCAAAAUCCGUUAUGAUGGCGUAACUCCUCCUGCAAAUACUUUUUCUUCCACUGCUUUUCGUGUUACUCCUCUGUUACUACCCGUCGUUAUCUCAAUUUUUUUGACUUUCGUAUUUGCUUACUAGUAUAUUUUCGUAAGUGUUGAUAAAUGCAAGAGCAACAAUGUAAUAUGAACUAAUGAAUAUCUUCAAUCAAAUUCUUGUUGAACUGAGACACAUGCUCCGAAAAGUUGUUUCUGUAACUCAAGAUUUGCGGUAACAAGCUCAAAAUUAGCUUUUUGAGGGAACCGUGUUCGCAGCAAUAUCUUUAAUACUAAUAACCACGGA